UCAUGUCGACCAAGCGGAAACCUUCUUCUUCUCCUAUGAAGGAGGCUGGUUCGUCCAAGAAUACGACUCGAUCGAGCCAGAGAAAUCGAACCUCGAAGUCAAAGCCGGAAAAUGAGAAAGUCAUGGAUGUCUCUCAUGAGGAAGAGAGCAGUGACGGUAAGCGCAAGGAAAACUCUUUCUCUGGAUCUGCUACUACCCUCAAGAAGUCAAAACGAACCCAAGCAGAACUAGGUUCGAAAACUCCAUUGAAAUCAGAAAAUGAAGAUACCGUGCUCCUUGACGACUGUGAGACCAAAGCAAUUCCAAAAAAGAUGAGAAAAGCUAUGGUAGUUGAUGAAGAUGAGAAGCAGGAUGCCAGGUUUAUUGGCAAGCCCAUAGCUGAUGAGGAAGCACGACGGCGGUGGCCAAAACGCUAUCAAGGAAAGGGGCAAAAACGAGUAGUUUCAAGGAGUUCCAAAGAUGAGUCUGGUUCAGAGGUUAUUCAAGCUCAAUGUCACUACACUCAAGCGGAAGUGGAUGGUUGUUUGAUAUUUAAUCUUUAUGAUGAUGCCCAUGUCAAAGCCGAAGAAGGGGAGGAUUACUACAUAUGUAAAAUUGUAGAGGUGUUUGAGGCAGUUGAUGGAACUUUCUAUUUUACAGCUCAGUGGUUUUACAGAGCUCAAGACACUGUGCUCAAAAAGUUAGGCCAUUUUAUUGACAAGAAGCGUGUCUUCUUUUCAGAGAUCCAAGAUGACAGUCCAUUGGGUUGUCUUGUAGAAAAGCUUAAAAUUGCAAAAGUCUCAUUGAAUGUUGAUUUGGAGGCAAAGAAGAAAAUGAUUCCACAUUGUGAUUAUUAUUGUGACAUGUUAUAUCUUUUACCAUAUUCUUCUUUUAUUAAUUUACCUCCAGAAGAUAAAACAAAUGUCAGUGAAGAAUCUUCAUCAACAAUUUCUAGUGACGACACAAAUAGUAUUAUCAGGGGAAACACUAGUUGCGAGGAAGCUUCAUUGUUAGACUUGUAUUCUGGUUGUGGUGCAAUGUCAACUGGUUUGUGUCUAGGAGCAAAUAUGGCUGGAGUAAAACUGGUGACGACAUGGGCUGUUGAUUUAAAUAAAUAUGCAUGUGAAAGUCUUCAAAAGAAUCAUCCAGAAACAAUGGUUAGGAACGAAGCUGCAGAAGAUUUUUUAGCAUUGUUGAAAGAGUGGGAACAGUUGUGUGUUUCAUUUUCAUUGUCAAAAUCUGAAAACUUAGAGAAACAAUCUAUCAAUUCUUUUGAUGAUGAUGGGGAUGAUGAAGAUGACGAUGAUGAUGAAGAAGGUGAUGUUGAAGAUGAAGUAUUUGAAGUUGAAAGAAUUUUAGCUAUAUGUUAUGGUGAUCCAAAGGAGAAAGGGGAACGUGGUUUAUAUUUUAAGGUUCGUUGGAAGAAUUAUGGGCCAGAAGAAGAUACUUGGGAGCCACUAGAGGGAUUGGGUGAUUGUCGAGAACGCUUGAAGGACUUUGUUACACGUGGCUUUAACUCAAAAAUACUACCCUUACCUGGUGAUGUCGAUGUUAUUUGCGGAGGGCCCCCAUGCCAAGGCAUCAGUGGCUUCAAUAGGUUUAGAAAUAAGGAUAACCCUUUACAAGAUGAAAAGAACAAACAACUUCAGGUUUUCAUGUUGAUAGUGGAGUACUUGAAGCCAAAGUUUGUUUUGAUGGAGAACGUUGUUGACAUUAUAAAAUUUUCUGAGGGAUUUCUUGGGCGAUAUGCCUUGAGUCAACUAAUUUAUUUAAACUACCAAGUCCGAAUGGGAAUGAUGGCAGCUGGUGCCUAUGGUCUUCCCCAAUUUCGUAUGCGUGUUUUCUUCUGGGGGGCUCGUCCUACUGAAAAAUUGCCACAAUAUCCACUCCCAACACAUGAUGUUGUAGUAAGAGGUGUCAUUCCCCUUGAGUUCGAGAUGAACAAUGUAGUCUGGGAUGAAGGGCAAAGAGUAGAGUUGGAAAAGAAACUUCUAUUAAAAGAUGCAAUUUCUGACCUUCCUGCUGUUGGAAAUUAUGAGCAUCGAGAUGAAAUGGACUAUGACAAGAAUCCUAAAACAGAGUUUCAGCGGUUCAUUAGAUUAAGAAGGGAGGAGAUGCCAGGUUCUUCUUCGGAGGUAAAACCAGCAAAACAUUUGCUCUACGAUCAUCAGCCUCUUCAACUCAAUACAGAUGACUACCAGCGUGUUUGCCAGAUUCCCAAAAGGAAGGGAGCAAAUUUCAGAGACUUACCUGGUGUUCUAGUUAGUGGUAAUAAGGUCGAAUGGGAUCCUAACGUGGAGAGGGUUUAUUUGGAGUCAGGGAAACCUUUGGUCCCUGAUUAUGCCAUGAGUUUUCUUGGUGGAUCAUCAUCCAAAUCAUUUGCUCGUCUAUGGUGGGAUGAAACUGUACCAACAGUGGUUACCAGGGCAGAGCCUCAUAAUCAGGCAAUUUUACACCCUGAACAAGAUCGUGUCCUCUCAGUUCGUGAAAAUGCAAGAUUACAAGGCUUCCCUGAUUACUACAGGCUUUUCGGACCUAUUAAGGAAAGGUAUAUUCAAGUUGGGAAUGCUGUAGCUGUGCCUGUCUCUCGGGCUUUAGGAUAUGCAUUAGGUUUAGCUUACCAGGGUGUUUCAAGUGAUGAACCUUUAAUGAAACUUCCUCCAAAAUUUCCAAACAUUGUGGACAAAAUUUCUUCAGAAUCAUCUGAAGAAAUCCCUUAGCUCCAUUUAGUUUUUUAUUUUUAUUUUUUUUGGGGGUUAAAUCAUGAUGUAAUUGUAUAUCACCGAGAUGUCAUUCUUAUCAAAUUUGCAAUGAAAAUUUUGGAUUAUAUUUUAUAAUCAUGUUGAAGAUGUGAACAUUUAUUUUGUUAUUCAGAGUAUUUGAAAGUAGUUUAUAAUUUCACAAUAACCUUUUCCUCUCUUAAAUUAGUACUCACAUCA